AUGGCGAAGGAUACUGCAAAGAAAAACAUGCGGAGGAAUGAAGAACGCAUGCGCAGGUUCACAAUAUGCACUUUGGCUGUAAAUGUGCUCUCCCUUGUUUUUAUCAUUUACCACCGCGGUUCUCUUCCAUGGUUUCGAGAUGUUGUUGGUGUGGGCUUUUGGGCAGCACAGGAGUUUGUGGCGCUUUUUCUCUUGAAGGCAUUUGCGAAGCCCACUUGUAGCUCAACCGGUGAGCUGCUGGAGUGCCCGGAUGCUUCUAAUCCCAGCGAACUGGGUGUGUACUCCUAUGCACAGGAUUUACUGUGGGUCUGUUGGGUUGUGGAACUUUUGUGCUAUCUGUUUCACUGGGCUUUUUUUCUUUUGUACCUUCCCAUUCCCGCAAUGGCAUUGUACCAAUUCUGGGCUUUUAUUGGCCCGUUGUUGCUGCGCCGUCAGCCCUCCGCCGAUGAGAGCUCGGAGGGGGCUGCAAUUCCGCGUAACCGUGCGGAGCGCCGAAGACAAGAGCUCCUGCAACGCAAGAAAAACACGAAGUAA